AUGGACAGAGAGCAGCACGAGCUGCAGUUCCUUGGGUUCCUCGGCGUCUACAGGGAGACCACCAAGAUCAUCCUCAAAUGGAGGACGAUCUUCGCUCAGAUCACGCUCGUGCUUAUCCUCCCUCUCUGCGUCGUCUCCCUUGCCGCCUUUGAGAUCUUGCAGCUCCUCACCUUCAUGAUCGAUUUCGACCUGGACAACGCCUGGAAAUACAGCCCAAGAUACAGGGACCUGUCCCGCAUGAUCAAGAAGGAGUGGAUUGCUUUCUGUCUCUACGAGCUCGGCUACUUCAUCUUUGUCUUCAUCUUCUCUCUGCUUUCAACCUUGGCUGUCGUCUACACGGUGGCCUGCAUCUACGCUGCCAAGCAGAUUACUUUUAAGAAGAUAAUGAGUGUCGUGCCCAGAGUGUGGAAGAGGCUCAUGGUCACCUUUUUCUGGUGCUUCGCACCCUUCUUUGUGUACAAUGUGGUGGCUGUAGGGCUUUUGAUCGCAUGGCUCGUCACGGUGUGGCAAUUUGCAGUUUGCCCUGCACUUGGGAUUGCUGUGGCGGUCAUUCUCUUGAUCUUGUCCAUCGUUGGGUUUGUUUAUAUCGCCAUGAUUUGGCUAAUGGCGAGUGUGAUCUCGGUUCUUGAAGAUGCUUAUGGAAGGAAGGCGAUGGUGAAGAGCAGGAGACUGAUAAAGGGCAAGAUGGGCCUUUGGGUUUGGUGUUUUCUUGGUGUCUUGGUGUGGUCCGUGCUGGUUCAGGCAUUCUUUGAAUCCCUUCUUGUCUUGGGCUUGCCUCCUAUUAGAGUCACGAUAGGGGUGGGGCUGAUCUGCUUGCUGUUGCUGUCGAUGCUGACGCUCUUCAAUUUGGUCAUGCAGACAGUGAUCUACUUCGUCUGUAAGUCCUACCACCAUGAGAACAUCAUCAGCUUCUGCUUGUCUGAUCACCUCGAGGGCCGUCUUGGAGACCGUCCCUCUGAAGGCCAAAAGGCUGUUCAGCUUGAGCAACUUCAUGUCUGA